AUGCAACUUCCCGCCCUACGGCAGGGAUUUCUACAGCGGAGUUCCCACCGGAAGAUUCUCCAACGGGAAGGUCCCGUCCGAUUUCCUAGGUUCGUCUUAUCGUUUCAAUUCAUCAAAUUCAGAAUUCCUUUUUGGUUCGCUAAAAAUUGGGUUUCCUCUGUUUUCCUUUUUGGGCAGUGGAAAAAUCAAAACCCACUACAGUUUCCUUUUGCCGCCUUCCACUGCCUUCGCCUCCUUCAAGAAUGA